AGCGGCGCCAUGGCCCAGUCCGUGUGGGGCUACGACAGCGACAACGGACCCGAGCGCUGGCAUGAGAACUACCCCAUGGCCAAGGGGGACAAGCAGUCGCCCAUCGAGAUCAACAGCAAAGAGGUGCGGCACGACAGCUGUCUCUCCCCGUGGCACGCCAGCUACGAUCCCGGGGCGGCGAAAACCAUCCUGAACAACGGGCGCACCUGCCGAGUCGUCUUCGACGACACUUUCGACCGAUCAGUGCUGCGAGGUGGGCCGCUCGCAGGAGCCUACAGGCUGCGCCAGCUUCACUUGCAUUGGGGUUCCUCUGAUGACCAUGGCUCUGAGCAUGUUGUAGAUGGGGUGAGAUAUGCAGCAGAGUUACAUAUGGUGCACUGGAAUCCAAAACAUGGUAAUUUUGCUGGAGCUUUGAAACAACCUGAUGGUGUGGCUGUUGUGGGCAUUUUUCUGAAAGUUGGAAAAACUCCCAAACCAGAGAUGAAGAGAAUUCUUGAAGAAAUCGACAACAUUAAGACCAAGGGGAAAGAGGCUCCUUUUCAGCACUUUGAUCCUUCAAUUCUUUUCCCCAAAUCUCGGGACUACUGGACCUACCAUGGUUCGUUCACUACACCCCCCUGUGAGGAGUGCAUCACUUGGAUUCUCUUGAGGGAGCCGAUCGAAGUCAGCCCAGACCAGAUGGCGAAGCUCCGUAGCCUUUCCAAGAAUGGAGAGAACGAACCUGUGAACCCACUGGUUGAUAACUGGCGCCCACCUCAGCCUGUGAAGGGCAGGAUAGUGAGAGCCUCAUUCAAGUGA